UACAACACUCUCAAGGCAGAAGGAGCGCUUGCCAUGCUUACGAGCAUUGACAGAAACGAGGCAUCGGGUGUCAAGCUACUGAACCUUGGGAAUACGAAAGUUUUCGCUAAAUUCAAGACACUCCAAGACAAACUGGAGGAGGAGCGAGAUCUGAAGGUGCUACAUGGUGGGGUUCUGGACGAGGUCAAGAAAGAGGUGGUGGAGAUAGACCCCAUGGAGGCCUUCCUCAGAGAUCCUUUUACAAAGUUGAAGGAGUGGGUGGCUAGAGCGGGCUAUCGACUCAUUGAUCUUCUAAGACAUUUCGACAAAGAUCAAAGUAUGACCAUUUCCAUUGAAGAGUUCAGAGAGGGCAUUGAGGCUACGUCCAUUCCUAUCACUGAGGAACAGAUUCAGAUAUUGGUUGCCCGACUGGACCAAGACGGAGAUGGAGAAAUUGAUUUCAGGUUGGUCCUCAGCCGGGGUGGUCUACGAGUGUUUUUUAAGAUUCUUCAUGUCAAAAUGAAAAACAAUAAAGACAUUCAUAUGUUCACCAAAUUCCCAUCCAGUAUACUUUCAAUCUGUAUUCCAUCAGACUACAACUGCUCUAUACUGUCUCAGUCACAGCUCCAUUGUCAGCAGAGCUAA